GGGGCUCCGAGCUCGUAGCCCCGCCCCCUCGGCUUGAUGGACGUGUGCCCUUGAGCUCUCUGGAGAAAUUAAUCGCAAAGUGUUCGCUAUGGAUGACGCGUCCAAACGCGCGCUCGAAGCAGAAGUCGGCGCGGUGUCGGUGUGAUCCCCGGAUUAUCGCCGUCCCGCGCGAGAACGGAGCGUCGCGGGCCGUCGCCGAGGCGGCGUGGGAAAAGUUUCUCUUACGUGACGCGCGGGAGAAAGGCGUCUGGGUCGCGUCGCGUCGCGUCCAUGCGGCACCGCGGAGCGUCCGUGAUUGUGAAUGGAGUCGCGGAGCUCUGAGGUCUGAUCAUGGAGCAACGCAACGGGACGCGACGCUCCGAUCCGCCGCAGCUGCGCAUCAACGCGCCGAGCAGCGCGAGAGAGAGAGCGGCCAGUGUGGAUCCGUACGGCUUCGAGCGCUCCGAUGAUUUCGACUACGAGUCCUACGAGGAGCUGAUGUCCGAGUACCUGGCCGUUCUCACCAGACGCUCCAUCAAGUGGUCCAAACUUCUGCAGGGCAAGCGGCGAGUGGACCGCAACCUGAAGGUGAAGCGGUACGUACGGAAGGGCGUCCCGAACGAGCACCGUCCUCUGGUGUGGAUGACGGCGAGCGGAGCGCAGGAGCGUCUGGAGAAGAACCCCGGUUACUAUCGGUCUCUGCUGGACGCUCAACAUGACCCCCGACUAGUGGAGACCAUCCGCACCGAUCUGCACAGAACUUUCCCGGAUAACGUUUACUUCCGUAAGUCUGCAGAUCCGUGUCUGCAGAAGGAGCUGUUCAACGUGCUGCUGGCGUACGGACAGCACAAUAAAACAGUGGGGUACUGUCAGGGAAUGAACUUCAUCGCAGGAUAUCUGCUGAUCAUCAGUAGAGACGAGGAGACGUCCUUCUGGCUCAUGGAGGCGCUGCUGGACAGAAUCCUGCCAGAUUACUACACGCCGGCCAUGCUGGGUCUGAAGGUGGAUCAGGAGGUUCUGGGCGAGCUGGUCCGGAUCAAGGCCCCGGGGGUCUGGAGGCUCCUGCAGGAUCACGGGGUGAUGUGGACUCUGGUGGUCUCUCGCUGGUUCAUCUGCCUCUUCAUCGACGUCCUGCCGGUGGAGACGGUUCUGCGGGUCUGGGACUGUCUGUUCUACGAGGGAUCUAAGAUCCUGUUCCGCGUGGCUCUGACUCUGAUCCACCAUCAUCAGGACGAGAUCCUUCAGGCCCAGAACCUGCCGGACGUCUGCGAGCGCUUCAAACUCAUCACCAGAGGAGCCUUCGUCGAGGACUGCCACGCUUUCAUGCAGAGGAUCUUCCAGGAGCCCGGGACUCUCUCCAGGUCUACGCUCACUAAACUGCGUCAGAGCUGCCGGGCUCGGAUCACGGCCGGAGAAUCCUGACGCUCUAAACAUUCCCUGAUAGUGUGCACUGCACCUGACGCUCACUCAGUAGUGUGCACUCUCGGACUCUCAUAAAGAUGUAUUUUCUUACGUUUGUAGAGAUUUGAGUAGAUGUAGAAGAAUCAGAGAUGCUGGACUCGAUGUCUUUAAAACUUCCUCUUCUUAGUCUGAGACCAAUAAUACUGUGACUUCAGCUCUUCCUGCAGCAGGUGAUUAAACUCUGACCAGAUCUGACCAUC